CUGCUUUUGCUUUGUUUCUGCUAGUGCUAUAUAAUAUUAGCUUUAGUCCAUGCCAUGUCUGAGUUUUGCCACCAUAGUCUUUUGUUUUUCUGUCCUUGUGCGGUUUCUAACCAGACGCUUCAUUGGUGAAUAUGCCUCCAAUGCCAACUCAUUGUACCAUAAAAGGCUUUCAAUCGAUGGCAGACAGCUGAAUCUGGAGGUUUUUGACCCUUGCUCUCAGAGCUCAGAGGCCAGGUGCAUACUAGAGGAGCCAGUGGACUGGGCAGAUGGAUUUGUGGUGGUGUACAACAUCAGUGACCGGACCUCCUUCAUCAAUGCCAAAAACAUCCUGCGGCAAAUCCGGGAGGCACGCAUGGAGAACUGCAAAGGGGAGAUGGAUGUCCCUGUCUGUCUGGUGGGUAACAAGCAGGACUUGUGCCACGCCCGACAGGUGCAAGAAGAUGAAGGCCGCUGCCUGGCGCAGGAAAACCGUUGUCACUUCCAGGAGGUCUCAGCAGCCGAGAGCUACCAGGACAUUUCCAACCUCUUCACACAGCUCAUCCGGCAGUUGAUGGAGCAUCUGAAGUACCGAGCCGACCGGAGACGCUACAGCGGCUCCAAGUCAAUGGCCAAACUCAUCAACAAUGUGUUUGGCAAAAGGAGGAAAUCUGUGUGAUAAUUCCAGCAAAGUCAGCAAGAUGGACUGGGAUGUUGUUUUUUGUAUGGACCCUAUGUAGAAGGGAAACAGGCAAAAUGUUACAUGAUAGUCCACAAAACCCAAAAUCACAAAGGAACAGCAGUGCAAACGCUGACUACAUGUUCAUAUUAUGGGCAAUAUAAGCAGUAGGUCGGAUGGCUUGGUUCAUAUUGUCCAACCUUACUCCCAACUUACCUUUGGCCAGGAGCCUCCUGCUUUGUUUAUAUAUUCAAAAGGUAUCCAAUGGCAUCACUUUUAGAUGUAUAAGAUCUCUAAAACUGUAGCAGUAAGGAUAUAUUUCCUAGGCAACAAAGAAAAUAAUAGCAAAGCUUU